AAAAUUGUGAAGAAUCCAGAUUAGAGCUCGUUUUCCACCAAUCCCUACCACUUCACAUUGUGGGUUGUCUCUUAAAUAGGUUUGGCCUUGCAGGCAAAGGCUUAGGACGUUUGGUUUCCUGAAGUUUGCAGUGUUGGCAGAGGAGUUAAGAAAGGAAAGUCUAAGAAAUCAUGCCUGAAGGAGAAGUGGUAGCGUCCCCAACGCGGGAUGAUGGUGGUGGUAUGGAAGAGGAGGCUGGUGCAUCGCAGGUCGUGACACCGUGGGAAGUAGGGUCUAAGGAUGGCGGCAAGAUCAAUUAUGACAAGCUUAUUGUGGACUUUGGAUGCACCAAGAUGGAUGCCGACACGGUGUCACGCAUUGAGCGCCUGACGGGUCGCCCCGCGCAUCCCUUUCUUCGUCGAAACGUAUUUUUCGCUCACAGGGACUUCGACAAAAUCCUUGACUCAUAUGAAAAGGGGGAAAAAUUCUAUCUGUACACUGGGCGCGGACCCUCUUCGGAGUCACUUCAUUUGGGCCACUUAGUACCGUUCAUGUUCACCAAGUACUUGCAAGACGCAUUUAAAGUCCCGCUCGUGAUUCAACUCACGGACGAUGAGAAGUUCAUGUGGAAAGAUUUGAAGCUGGAUGAGGCAAGGCGCCUUGCCCGUGAGAACGCUAAAGACAUAAUAGCUUGUGGAUUCGACGUUAGUAGGACAUUCAUUUUCUCGGACUUCGAAUAUGUUGGAGGGGAGUUUUACCGGAAUAUGGUCCGCAUCGCUAAGUGUGUCACCCUAAAUCAGGUUAGAGGCAUCUUUGGGUUUGUUGGCGAGGAUCACAUUGGGAAAGUCAUGUUUCCGCCUAUUCAAGCUGCCCCGUCAUUCCCAACUUCCUUUCCGCACUUGUUUGGAGAUGCGAAUCAAUCGAAGAAUAUAAGAUGCCUGAUACCAUGCGCUAUUGAUCAAGAUCCAUACUUCAGAAUGACGAGAGAUGCUGCUCCUCGACUAGGCUUUCACAAACCUGCCCUCAUUGAAUCUUCGUUUUUCCCUGCUUUACAGGGUGAAAGUGGGAAGAUGAGUGCCAGUGAUCCGAAUUCAGCAAUUUACGUCUCAGACAAUCCAAAACAAAUCAAGGACAAGAUCAACAAGUCAUUUUCUGGAGGAAGAGAUACUGCCGAGGAACAAAGAAAAUUUGGUGCUAACAUUGAGGUUGAUAUUGCUGUGAAGUACCUGGGAUUCUUCUUGGAUGAUGACAAGGAACUUGCGCGCAUCAAAGAAGAAUAUAGAACUGGAAAACUACUGACUGGAGAAGUGAAGAAGAUUUUGAUUGAUGUGUUGGUCGCCAUGGUAGAACGGCAUCGUAGGGCUCGCGCUGCAGUUACUGAGGAGAUGAUUGAUGUAUUUAUGGCGCCAAGGCCAUUACCGCACAUGUUUGGGUAGUAUCUAAAUCUGUAUCGACAGCUUCUAUUGGAGACAAAAAGCUGUACUGGCCCUUGAGCAGCUUAAAUUUUUGCACAGCGCACUUUUAUUUUCUAGUGCUCUAAAGCAUCCAUCAGAUGAUUCCUGCAAGUAUAUUAACGAAGAAAUUAGUCGAUUUGGUCUCCAUUCAUCAAUUUGGGAAUCUCCACGAGGGGCAUCUUCUCAAUUAUCUUAUUUUAUUUUAUUUUUUAAAUUUCUAGCUUUUGCAGAGACAAUCGUAUGAUUAUCUUGAUGUGGCAUCAGUAUGGAGUCAUCUGAGUUUAUAGACUUUAUUUAUAUGCUCCAGUCAACAUCAUUAUUCUCCUUAAUAUAUACUUUUGAAAUUAUGAACUUUGUAGUCUUUUUGAGUUUUAAUAUCCUGUCGACAUAUAUGUUAAAAAAAGAGAGAAACGAUAUUGACAAAGUA